AUGGCUCUUCUGCAGCUCCAAAGAGCAUGUGAGCGCUUCCGGUCACACUUGUCGGACGAAGAGACGCGGCGAGUGGAAAACGUCAAGAGUGUGGAAGAUGUUCGCGAGGCAAUCACUCAAAUGGAGCGCUAUCUCGCCUCCCGUCAAAAGUUACGAAACUUCGAACGGCUCGUACCUUUUCUCGACGCAGCUGAUCGUUUGACAAAACCCAUCGACGUCCUAUCUAAUGGCGUUCCGUUCCUGCCUUACAUAUGGGCACCUCUCAAGCUCAUUCUCCAAAUUCUCUCUGCUUAUAGUCGGAUUGGGGCCUCACUUCCGCGUUUCUCUCGAUACGGCAAUGCGUUCCCGGACAGCCACGACUUCCAGCAACUGCUGGGCCACAUUUACGAGGACAUUAUCGACUUCCACUGCCAUGCUUACCGGCUGGUACAGAAGCCGGGGUGGGCAAUGCUCUUCUCGACCUGUUGGGGUCGAUUCCAGCAUCGGUAUGAUUCAUUACUUGACAGCAUCGCCAAAACCAGCGAACUCAUAGAUAGGGAGGCAGCUUCCUAUGAGAUAGUUCAAGCUAGAGAAUGGCGGCAAAAGCUUUUGGAGGAGGCUCAAGACCGAGAAAAGAAAGAAGAGAUCCACCAGCGCGAAGCUGUCAACAAGUGGCUUCAACCCAAGUUCGUUCGUGGCUCCAAAGAGGCAGAGGAAAUCCGAUUCUGUGGCUUCAUGGAAAGCCUGGUUCUGCUCAUCUACUUUCUCAAAUCAAACCCCAAUUGGAAUUGCUUGUUCUUCUUCUGCGAUUUCCACACUACGGGCUACGGGGUAAGCGUACAGGUCUUACGGAGCAUAUGUGCCCAGAUCCUAAACCUUGUUCCGGAGACGGCAUCGUUCAUGCACAAAGACUUCUUCAACGACUUGCGCCUGAUCAUUGAUGGAAUUGAUGAGAUUGUGUCAUCGGAACAUGGAGAAUUGAUCAAGACCCUGGCAAAGCUCGCCGAGACGCAGGAAAACUUCAGGUUGCUCAUAUCUAGCCAGGAUAUACCGAGUAUAGCGAGGAACCUGAAGGGCAGACCAACACUGAUAGUUGGGAAGCAGUCUGCGUCUAUUUGUAAGGAUAUUGACUUGAUUGUCUCAAGCCGCCUGGAAGCCAUCAAUGAAGGGCUAGAUGGUCGAGUCCCCGAAUCGGUGUUCACUGAAAUUCGGGAAACAAUCCUCAAAAGAGCAGAAGGAAUGUUCCUUUGGGUUCACCUAGUAUUACAGGUGUUGGAGACGACUGACAAUAUUCAAGAGCUUAUAUCGAGCGUCGAGGCCUUUCCCAAAGACCUUGAAGAGGCAUAUUACAAGAUUCUCACAAGCAUCAUGAGCCGUUGUCAGGCAACAGAUGUGUCGAAAUUACGACGAAUAUUCGGCUGGAUGGUGUUUUCGAAGGGCGGCCAGCCUAUGAGGAAAUUCGAAUUACGACUAGAGGAUGGCCCAAGUGCAACAAUGGUGUUCGUCCAUGCCACAGUACCCAAAUUCCUCCAAGCGAAAUUCAGUGGACCGUUCAUCAACAAGGAAGAUUCUUGCCGAGAUAUCACAUCAGCCUGUAUUGCGCAGUUGACGCAGAGUUUGACACUGGCCGAUGAAAGCUUGGAACGCCUGCAACAUCUUGACUGUGUUGCCCAGGGUUUCUACGGACUUCUCCCCUACGCUCACGAACACUGGAUUGAGCACCUAUUGGAGUAUCUCGAGCUUAGUCAAGGAUUCAGUACACCCGAUUCUUCGAGCAUCCAAGGACAACUUGACGAUCUUUCCAAAAGUUGGUUCAAUCUUGUGGAAGUAGAGGCCACGCGCACUUCCAGCGCAGAAAGCUUCGACUCUCGUUUGCAUUGGCUUGAAAGCCUCCCCUCAGCGAGAGCACUAGUCCAGGAAGCUUUCGAACUUCGCAAAGCAACGAAGGAAUCUGCCGACAUUGUGCCCUCUUCUACGGGGAGAAAUUAUCCAGGGCUUUUAGCCAAGAAUUUCAUCGCGUUCAAAGAAGAAUACGGCCCGUCCGCGUUUGUGUGUCCCAUCUACGGAUGCGAUAAAGCUGUGGCUGGAUACUCCUCAAUAUUACAGCUGAAGGAUCACUCAAUGAGACAUCAAGAGAAACUACGAUGCUUCAACCAAGACUGCUUCUACAACGAUGUUGGUUUUAACUCUUCGAGACAACUCAAAGACCACGAGAGAAGAUGCCAUCCCUCACCCUCACCACCAUCGAUUCCUCAGCAGAUUCUCAAGAGACUAGACCAAGGGAGUCAAGCGCCUGCGACGCCGACAACAAAUCCCAAUCAGAGUCGCCAAGAAUUACAGUACGGUGCGGGUAAUCAAUCUCCUAUGCUAACCACAGCUUUCCAGCAGAGUCCUGCAGAAACAUUGGACUACAAAAGCUUAGAAACGUCCACGCCUUCCCCGGCGCCUGCGCCAACACCCGCUGCAGCCCAGCAGGCGUCUCAAACGACGCAGCUGACUGAAACAGAGGAAGGCUUUCUGCCUGAGCCGCAGUUGAGAAACCGGACUACUCCCGCGAAACCUGCUCACCAGGGACUGAUGGACGAUAUGGAACUUACGGAAUACCAUAUUGGAUAUGUCAGAGCCUAUACUGAUGUCCUCUUCGAGCCUCGGACGUGGAAAGACCUUUGGCAGUGGCUCGCGAUUCAUCAUGUUACGCCCCAGAUACGACAGGAGCUCGAGGGGAUCCAGACGUCGCAGUUCUCGAUACUUAUGCGAUGGGAACAGGAACAGCUACGGCAACGACAACUACAACAACAGACGCCGCAACUUCAGCAGGAUGGCAUGCCGGCGGAUAUGGCGACUCUCACCCAAUCGGGCAUGGCUUACAACAUGCCUUCUAAUCAGGACCAUCUAAUUGAAGUGACGCCAAGGGGUGGCGCCUCGUUUAUCGAACCAACACAACGCUCUGCGAACCUCACAGGCAUCAAUUUGGGGGGUCGGCCUGGUCCGAUGAACAGAGACAGCUUAUGCAACGAUUACUACGAAGGAUCUGCCAUGGAGCGAGCUAUAGAACAGGGUAAUAUGGAACGAGUAUCAGUUUCCCCUAUGCCUUCUCCGCUAGUAGACAUCGCCUUCGGCCCUCCGCCCGUCCGAGCUGUGUAUAAGCCCCCAACGAAGCAGCAGCAGGAGGGGCAAUGGUUCUAG